AGCGCGGGCACUGGCGGGGCCCUGCCGGCGAUCACGGACCGGCUCCGGCGGCUCCAGCCGAGGCACGAAGGAACCCGCCGCCCCCUUUACCCCCUCCUCGUCCCAUCCUUUUCCCCCUCGGUUUCACAGCCCCGGCUGUCACCGCGCUGCGGUGGGAGAAGGAAGAGUCCGCCUGGGAAUCCGGGGCGAAUCCGGGAUUUGAGUAUGCGGGCACCUGCUCGGGGUCUGACACCUUGGUUUCUCCUCCUCCAGGCACUGGGGUUUUAUUGGGCGCCCAGGUGUCGGUGGCACGGAUCCUCGUGGGCAGCCGGAGCAGGGAAGUGCAGGUAAAAAUAAAAAUAAUUUUAAAAGGAGCACCAGGGAGUGUCUGAGGAAGCAACAAGCGGUUCAAGAAGUUCCUUGAUGGCCGGAGAGCGGGAAGGGCCUCGGCGAUGGAGCAGGGGGCAUUUUAGCCGACGAGGGUUCCUUUUCCUCCCGUCGCCCUCACGCCUCCCUAUGUCCAUCCUUUCCCAGGAGACUGAGCCAGGUGUUGGAUUUGACGAGCACAGUUUAGUUACAGCUUGUUUUACACAGCCUCCCGUGUAUGGUUUAAAAAUCCUUGCACAUGGAUCCAUUGGGGAAUUUUAGGCACUCUGGGACAGGCACUGAUUGGGGAAGACUACGGGUUUGGAAUGUUUUUAAUCAAAAGCACAUCACUGAGGAAUAAAAACCCCCUUCAAGCAUUACAGUGUGUGGCAUCAAUCUGAACAGCCCAGGAGAUGUUUUAACAAAGUCUUUGUAAGCGGAUGCUGCUCCGGGACGGUGAAUUAGGAUCUCUUCUCCCACCCAAUCUGCAAGGGAACAGGGGUGAGAUGGCAGCCACCAAAUCUCUUUUUGGAAUUACACUGGCUUGCAACAGGCAAUGUUCUCCCACACGGACGUGGCCGAACAGGUGUCAACGCCCCCAUGGCUGAGGGCCGCGGCUCUGACCGCCCUCACGAGCCUCCGCCAUGUUGCUUCGCGGAAGCGGGACCAGAUCGGCUCGCAGCGCUACGAGACAGCCCCGGGUUCGCCCUGAGGCCCCUCUCAGGCCGCUGAAGGAGCGAGCUGGAGGCUUUUGACCAGCCCCGGGCAAUGGGUCACCUCUCCCGGGGCAGCGGGCAGGCGCCGGAACCCGCGCACCACAGGAACGGCAGGCCCGGGCGCGGCGGGUUGGGGGGACGGCGCUAUGUGGCACACCGCUAAAGAGCGCCGGCCUCCCGGAACGCUUCUUCUCGGCCUCGGGGAGCGAGUUCCGCGGGGACCUGUUCCGGCGGCGGACCAGGGCGGUUCGGCAAAAUGGCGGCGCCCAGCGCCCGCUGCCUGUGGCGAGCGCUGGCCCCGCGGUGCGGCUGGGUCCUCCCCGGGCUGGAGCAGCGCCUCGCCGUCCCCGCCGUGGUGAGCCCCGCCACCGCCCGGCCCUACGCGGCCGCAGCAGCCAAAGCUGCCAAAAAAGAUGCCAAGAGGAGCAGGCACGAGAAGGGGAAGGAGCACAAGGAGAAGCCCCUCCCCCGGAGGCGGCCGCUGAUGAGCAAGCCGGUGGACGACGUGUACCUGACCUGGCUCUACAGGAGACCCUCCUACGGGCUGGAGCAGGCCGUGGGCAUGCUCAAGAGGUUCCAGGAGCUGGACUUCACCCACCCCAAGCAGUUUGUCUACAUCAACGUCUUCCUGGACAUGGCCCUGCACAAGAAGAAAAAAGUGGAUCCUUUUUCCAGCGGUGUCGCUCUUCCCCAUCGCUUUACAGAUGAGGUGAACAAGGUUUUGGUGUUCACAGAGGUGGGUGAGCCUCAAUUCCUUCAUUUUCAUGGGGUUUUGGUGCUCACAGAGGUGGGUGAGCCACAAUUCCCUCAUUUUCAUGGGGUUUUGGUGCUCACAGAGGUGGGUGAGCCACAAUUCCCUCAUUUUCAUGGGGUUUUGGUGCUCACAGAGGUGGGUGAGCCACAAUUCCCUCAUUUUCAUGGGGUUUUGGUGCUCACAGAGGUGGGUGAGCCAGAAUUCCUUCAUUUUUAUGGGAUUUUCAUGCUCACAGAGGUUGGUGAGGCAGAAUUCCCUCGUUUUCAUGGGGUUUUGGUGCUCACAGAGGUGGGUGAGCCACAAUUCCUGGGUUUUCAUGGGGUUUUGGUGCUCACAGAGAUGGGUGAGCCAGAAUUCCUUCAUUUUCAUGGGGUUUUGGUGCUCACAGAGGUGGGUGAGCCAGAAUUCCUUCAUUUUCAUGGGGUUUUGGUGCUCACAGAGGUGGGUGAGCCAGAAUUCCUUCGUUUUCAUGGGGUUUUGGUGCUCACAGAGGUGGGUGAACCCCAGUUCCUGGGUUUUCAUGGGGUUUUGGUGUUCACAGAGAAUGAGCAGGAAGCUGAGGCAGCUCGAGAGCACGGGGCUGCCAUCGUGGGAGGAGUUGAAUUAAUCAAAUGGAUCCUGGAGGAUGAAAUCCAGGCUGAUUUCUACGUGGCUGUCCCUGCCAUAAUCCCCAAGUUAAUCCCCCUGAGGAACAAGCUGAGGAAGAAGUACCCCAGCACCAAGAGAAAUUCCCUGGGCAGUGACAUUCCCAGAAUGGUGCAGUUCUUCCGAGAGUGCCACGAGUACUCGGUGGAGGACGAGAGUGUCAUCAAGACAAGGAUAGCCAGACUGGAUAUGCCCACUGAGCACAUCAUUGCCAACCUGAAAGCAAUUGUCCAGGAUAUCUGCACUUUCAAGCCAUCCAAUUUUGAUCCCAUUGUGCAGAGGCUGGUUAUCAGAUCCUCCACCAGUGAAGGCCUGCUGCUGAACCUCGACGGCAUCCUCCCUCAGGUGGAGAGGGCAGAAGAGAAGGAGCAAGGAGAUGCAGCUGAUGAGGAUCAGCAAAAACCUGCCCAGGAAUCAGUCAGUACCUGAUGUCUUUGCCUUGUGGGCCUGGUGCCCGAGCUGGGGAAGCCGAUGUCAAGUGUCACUCAAAUCAUGCUCUGUGAGAAGGAAAAAUAAAUGCAGCUUGUGGAUUUCA